AUGGCAUCCAAAGCUCUGAAGUUCAUGAUGCUCCUCUUCCUUUGCUGCUUCAUUUCCACGGCACAUUCUCACAGCUGGGUAGAGGAGCUGGAUAUCGUUGCCGGUAACGGGUCCUUUACCGGCAAACCUGGCUACAUCCGUGGCCACGUUGAUCGAACAGCCCAGGGAUUCAACGACGACCUGAUGACCAACCGUCUCCCUCCGAAUGGACGACCUGCGGAUGUUGGAAUCAUCCACAGCGACUACAUGUGCAUGCCGUCCCAACGGAAUCGGCGGCAGACGGAGGGCUGGCCUCGACUAGAGGCAACACCUGGCGACAUUGUCGCCCUUUUGUACCGGGAAAACGGGCAUGUCACUUUACCAGACAACCAACCCGGCAAACCCAAGAACCGCGGAACCGUCCACGUAUACGGUACCAACAACCCCCGUCCAGAUGACAAAUUCCUGGAUAUCCACAAGGUAUGGAACAAAGAUGGAACUGGUGGUGACAGACGAGGCAAGCUUCUCUCCCGCCAAAACUUCGACGAUGGGCGAUGUUACCAAAUCAACGGUGACAAAAUUUCCACGGAGCGGCAAAAAAAGUAUCCGCACGUUCCUGACAAGCUGAUGGGAGCAGACGUGGCGUGCCAGCACAUCUUACAGCUGCCCUCGGAUUACGUCGUUCCUGGAAAGUCCCUGUCGAUGUACUUUGUGUGGGACUGGCCAACUGCCCCGGGGGUUGACCCUAACCUUCCCCGUGGAAAAACAGAGAUCUAUACCUCGUGUAUGGAUAUUGACAUCGUCGCAUCCAAGAAUGGGACAACCACGGCUUCAAUGGCCCACUUCGUCGAUGGCCAACCGUUAAACCGUGCUGCAGUUCCUUCACUGUUCGCUAAUCUCGGUCAGUCAGUGGACAAUAGCCCUUCUGAUGUCGACUCUGUUUCUUCCACCUCAGUCUCAUCAUCAUCGUCUGACGUGGCUGUUCCUACCGCGGGAUCGAUCGUCCCCAUUCCAGGUCACUUUACCACCUCUAAGACCUGGACAACAAUAAGAAGGGGGACGCAUCAGCCGACAUUUACUCCCUAA